AGGGGUGUCUUACAUCAGCCCAGUGAGUCCUGGUGGAGGCGACUGACGGACAGGGAGUUAGCUAGCGAGCAAGAGAGAGAAGGGCUCGGGUUGUGACAUCCAGCCGUCUGACUCUCACUGGAAUUAUCUAAAACUAUCUCUGAACAAAUGGUCUGAAAGGAAAAAAAACAUCUUAGAAAUCGGAAGCCUGUCUCUGUGCAUGUGUUUGGGAUGAAGCACCUGUGGGACAUUCACUUCCUCCUGCUCAUCCUCCUCUACCUGAUAGGAACCGUCAUGUCACAGGUCAACCCAGGUAUGAGCCACAGUGUGUGUCGGUAUCCUCUGGGCAUGUCAGGAGGGCAGAUACAGGACGAAGACAUCUCUGCUUCCAGCCAGUGGUCCGAAUCCACUGCUGCUAGAUAUGGCAGGUUGGACUUUGAGGAGGGCGAUGGCGCGUGGUGUCCAGAGAUAACAGUCGAACCAGACAGCCUGAAGGAGUUCCUCCAGAUUGACCUGCGUUCGCUUCACUUCAUCACCCUUGUGGGCACCCAGGGUCGACACGCGGGAGGCAUCGGUAAUGAAUUUGCCCAGAUGUACAAGAUUAAGUACAGCCGUGAUGGAAGCCGCUGGAUAUCGUGGAGAAACAGGCAGGGCAAGCAGGUGAUUGAAGGAAACAGAAACGCCUAUGACAUAGUACUGAAGGACCUCGAGCCGCCCAUCAUCGCUCGCUUUGUCCGCUUCAUGCCCGUCACAGACCACUCCAUGAACGUCUGCAUGAGAGUGGAGCUCUACGGCUGUGAAUGGCUGGAUGGUCUCGUGUCAUACAACGCUCCAGCAGGAGAACAGAUGACCUUGCCUGCUCACCCUGUUUAUCUCAACGACUCCGUCUAUGAUGGAGCUGUCAUCUACAGUAUGACAGAGGGCUUGGGCCAGCUGACUGAUGGUGUGUGUGGUCUGGACGAUUUCACACACAGUCACGUCUACAAUGUAUGGCCUGGGUAUGACUACGUGGGCUGGAACAAUGAAAGUUUCCCCAGUGGAUAUGUGGAAAUCAUGUUUGAGUUUGACCGCACACGAAACUUUACCACCAUGAAGGUCCACUGCAACAACAUGUUUUCCCGGCACGUCAAGGCUUUCCGCCAGGUGGUGUGUUACUUCCGCUCUGAAUCAGACUGGGAGGCCACGCCGCUCUCCUUCAGCCCUGUGGUGGACGAGAAGAAUCCCAGCGCUCGCUUCGUCACCGUCAACCUGGCCAAUCACAUGGCCAGUGCCAUCAAAUGCCAGUUCUACUUUGCUGAUGCCUGGAUGUUGUUCAGUGAGAUCACCUUCCAGUCAGACACAGCCAUGUACAACACAAGUCUGGCUCCACCCAAGACAGGACUGCCACCUAACACACAACCAGAAGAUGAUCCCACCCACAAAGUAGAUGACAGCAACACCCGAAUUUUGAUUGGUUGUUUAGUGGCCAUCAUCUUCAUCCUUGUGGCCAUCAUUGUCAUCAUCUUGUGGAGGCAGGUGUGGCAGAAGAUGCUGGAGAAGGCUUCUCGACGGAUGCUGGAUGAUGAACUAACUGCUAGUUUGUCAAUACAGAGCGAGACGUUCGCCUACAACCACAACCACAACCAGUCGAGUACAACCAGCGAACAGGAGUCUAGCUCCACCUAUGAGCGCAUCUUCCCCCUCGGCCCAGACUACCAGGAGCCAUCACGCCUCAUAUGUAAGCUGCCGGAGUUUGCGCAGAGCUCAGAGGAGCCUGGUAGGUGGACACACAAGUCUGCUAACACAUACACAUGUCAUAAUAAACAUACGCAGCAACUUGUGGACAUUCCUAGUUACAGUGUCACAUAUUGUGUUCCAGCUUCUACCAGCACAGCAGCAUCUAAAUCCACGACAACUACUGUAGUCCAAGAUGGCGUCCCUCACUACGCAGAGGCAGACAUUGUAAACCUGCAAGGUGUGACUGGAAGCAACACAUAUGCCAUCCCUGCAGUGACUAUGGACCUACUGUCGGGGAAGGAUGUUGCAGUGGAGGAGUUCCCGCGAAAACUGCUCACUUUCAAAGAGAAGCUGGGAGAGGGCCAGUUUGGAGAAGUGCACCUGUGUGAAGCAGAGGGAAUGCAGGAGUUUAUGAAUAAGGAGUUUUUAUUUGACAUCCCUGAGGAGCUGCCAGUUUUGGUGGCUGUGAAGAUGCUCCGUUCAGAUGCCAAUAAAAAUGCCAGGAAUGACUUCCUGAAAGAGAUAAAGAUCAUGUCGCGUCUCAAGGACCCUAACAUCAUCCGCCUCCUGGCUGUGUGCAUCUACAGCGACCCGCUCUGCAUGAUCACAGAGUACAUGGAGAACGGAGAUCUCAAUCAGUUUCUGUCUCGUCACGAACCUGAGGGACAGCUCGCUCUGCUCAGCAACGCGCCUACAGUCAGCUUCAAUAAUCUGUGCUACAUGGCCACUCAGAUAGCAUCAGGGAUGAAGUACCUCUCCUCUCUAAACUUUGUUCAUCGAGACUUGGCCACGCGAAAUUGCCUUGUGGGCAAGAAGUACACAAUAAAGAUAGCUGACUUUGGCAUGAGCAGAAACCUGUACAGUGGUGACUACUACCGCAUACAAGGCAGAGCUGUGCUGCCUAUACGCUGGAUGUCAUGGGAAAGCAUCCUGCUGGGUAAAUUCACCACAGCUAGCGAUGUGUGGGCCUUCGGGGUGACCCUGUGGGAGAUACUAAACUUCUGCAAAGAGCAACCCUACUCUCAGCUCACUGAUGAGCAGGUGAUAGAGAACACAGGGGAGUUUUUCAGGGACCAGAAAAGACAGAUCUACUUGCCUCAGCCAGUGCUGUGUCCAGAUUCACUCUACAAGAUCAUGCUGAGCUGCUGGAGGAGGAACACAAAAGAGCGGCCCUCUUUCCAGGAAAUACACAAAGCCCUCCUGGAAAUACAGCCUUAAGCCGGGGCCAUAUUUAAGACAGUGAUUCCCAGUCUGCUCAUCUGAGGAAAAACGGUGCUUGACAAGAGUAUCAGACACACUCCAGGUCCAGGCUGUCUUGUUUCAGUAGAGAAGCAGGGUGAGAGCCACCUGUGUGCUACAAGCUAUGAUUUGGGAAACACUGUUCCACGGACUUAACACACUACAAAGAUGGACUACCAGAGACAUUUUGUGUGUGUGUGUUUGAAUUUAAUUAGCACAAUCACAUUGGAUAAGUUGAUUUAUAGACAUACAGGUAUUCUUAGGGAAAUCCAUUCUGUUUUAUAAUACACCAGCCCUGAAACUUACACAAACACGAUUAAAGUUUUGUUGUGACUCAUGUUGCAGAAACCAAAAUUAAAAUGUAGCAAGUGACAUUCGGCACUUUUGAAAAUAUAUUUUAACUUCAUUUGUUAAUAUGAGUUUCAAUUUCCCAUGUCACGGUGUUCGAUAACAAACUUAUGAAAAGUUUUUGAAGAACUUUCUUGUGUUUUCUCUUGGAGGACUGCUUGAAUGUAGAAGGGAAAAGUGCAGCAAACCAUUACUGUUCUGUUUCAUUAUAUUUCAAGUAUUUCAUCUCAGUUGCUCAGACAAACCCCACACGUUUUAAAUAAGAAUAUCAAGUAACUCAGUUGUUCUCAUCUCCCUGCGGUUUUUCCUACAGUGAUUUGACCAUGACGUGUAUAUGACUGUGUAUUUUCAAUAGAUAAGUCUAAAUCUCAAAUAUCAAUAUUUUGUAUUUUAUAUUUAUAUGUUCAUAUGUGUUUGUUCUGUUUAUGUUUUGUUGAUAUAUUUGUGUAUUAAUAUGCUCUUUAAGUUGAGGUAUGUGGAGUAUCAUAUUUUAUUUGACUCAGUAAUUAUCUCAGUCAAAAAGACUACUUCAGAAUACUUUUUUCCCCAGUGCAAACUGCAAAAUCAGGAAUUCAGGCUGUGUGUUGCCAUGUGCUAUGUUGGUUCAAUGGUAUGUUUACAGUCUGUGUCAUUGGAAAGAUGUUAGUGUGCUGUGGAUGUUGAACAAGAUAGAGAGAAAGUAAAUUGGGAAUAUUCACUUUAGUUUAAUUGGGAUUGGUGUGACUGCUACACAUCACUUUCACAUUAGUUUAGUUUAGGUCUAAAAACUAUGUAGUUAUCAGCAGUCAGAUUGCUCUUUCUAUUAUUGAUGUAUGCUGGAUCCUUUCUCCAUCUUUUCUAUUUGUUUUUCCAUAUGGAAUAAUUCUGUGUUUUACUUAAAUAGCUUGAACUUCAUACUGCAUACCACUGUUUCAUUUACAGGCUCUGCACUCUUAUCAGAGGCCUUUGUCCCACUUACCUCGCACAUUAAAGACACUCAUGUCUGCCCUCGUACACGCUGUCUCAACCUUUACAUGGAAGUUGCUCUUAUCUUUUCGUACUUUGCAGUCUCAGCAAAUAAAUCUGUACAAAUCUGUUAUGCUAUAUAUGCAGUAUUUGGUUUGGAGACAAAUGUGGGUAUUUGUGAAGCGUUUGGUGAUUCUCAUUGAAUGAAGAAAGAAAUCUUUUCAUGGCAUUUACAAUCCUCUCUGUGUUAGAGAUGAAUUGGAGGCAGAUAUAUAGCUGUAAAAAUGUUACUGCACCCUGACGAAAUUUCAUAAUUUGUUUAGAUUUAUUACAUCUUUGUACUCAAAUGUUUAUUUCUCGGUGCAAAUUGUUUUUAUAUACGUUGUAAACAAAAGCUGUACAUUGACAGACAAGAUACAAAUAAAAUUUAAACAGGGAAA